AUGCAUGACGAUGACACCUUUGCCGGUGCUGCUUGCAGGAGAGUGACUGGGCUCCCACUCUGUGUGGGGUCCACUUGGCACUCUUCGCCGGCAAUGGUGUUGUCUUGCGGUGGUUCCAGUGGGUUGGUUCGUACUCGUGCAAAGGUCUGCUCAAUGUUGACAAUGGCGCCGUGGCCGUUCCUCUUCCAGUCCUUUGUUGGGGUGGUUCGUCCUCGUGAAGGCAACAAACAGAACAAGUCGAUCAUGAGGAGCCGUUUCAUCGUCCAAGUCUUCUGCUCUAAUCUUCGGAUCGUCAGCGACGUCUUGCUUGAAUCACACAAGGUCGGCUCUUCUGUUUGGUGGGUCGCCGUUGUUGCAAGCAAACCCUUGUCUCUUUCGCGUGUGGUGAUGUUGGUCCUUCGACUUCGAGUCCCUCUCAAAGACCAAAGACGAACGUCUCGCCUUCUCUUGCUCUUCCCCGUCCGGGUACGGUAG